GUUCAGGGCUGGUUCUCCGCUCGGCGAGAGAAAAAGACCAUGAUGAUCGCAUUUUUGCUCGUCGGCAGCCUGUUCAUCGCGGGGUGGUCCGUCAUGUUCGAUUCGAUGAUCUAUCGAUUUACGUUCGUGGACUGGCCAUUUUUUGGCUCCGUCACGGUCGCGUCCUUUGUCGUCAUGAUCCUCAGCAUGGUCUUCGGCUUAGCCUGUCGCGUCAAUUUUGGCAAGGGCUUAAGGGACUACCUCGACGCCAACAUGCAUAUGGCUCGCGCGAACGCAGAGCCGGACGUGUUCGAGCACCAGUCUUCGAAGAAGUGGACGGAAGACGACGAAGAGGCCGUCGACAGAUUCUUCUCCUUCCCGUCAAUUCCAUCCGUAUCUCAGCCAAUUCUUUGA